CUGUUGACAUCGCAUCUUCGUUGUGGGAGACAUGGAACUUAAUGUUGGAACGUGGACUGUGGUACUUCUGUUCGUGAUAUUGAUCUACAAAUGGAUAACCCGGAACAAUACCUACUUCCACAAUAAACCAAUACCAUCGAUGGUAGCUAAACCGCUAUUUGGAAGCACGGGUCCGCUUGUUUUGAAAAAGUUUUCGCUCAACAGCUUCACCGAGUACAUUUAUCGAAAGUAUCCGGAUGCGAAAGUUUUUGGAUUGUUCGACGCAUUAACGCCGAUUUUUGUUGUACGUGAUCCAGAACUAAUCAAAAAGAUCACCGUGAAAGACUUCGAUCAUUUCGUCGACCACCGACCCAUGUUCGGAAACAGUGAGAACGAUAAUCCAUACUCGAUUUUUGGAAAGACGUUGUUUUCCAUGACCGGUCAGAAGUGGCGAGAUAUGCGUGCUACUUUGAGUCCUGCAUUCACCGGCAGCAAAAUGCGAAAAAUGUUUGAGUUGGUCAUCGAGUGCAGUGACAGUGUGGCGCAGUACUUUGUAAGCCAGGCUAAGAAGAGUACAAUCGAGGUGGAGCUGUACGAUUUGUGUACUCGGUUCGGAUCCGAUGUGAUUGCAACGUGUGCCUUUGGAAUUAGGAUGGAUUCUUUUAGGGAUCGUGACAACGAUUUCUACGAUAAUGGAAAAAAGAUGAUGCGUUUCGAGCGAUUUAGUGUGGCGUUACGCAUGUUUGCGCUCAAGUUCUGUCCAACGCUGAUGGGUCGGCUAGGGAUCGAUAUUAUUGAUAGAGAUCAAGUGCGAUACUUUAGUGCUCUGAUCAUGGAUGCUGUUAAGCAACGUCAAACAAAGGGUAUCACUCGGUCAGACAUGAUACAACUUCUUAUCCAAGCUCGAAAGGGAACACUCAAACAUAAUGACGAAAAGGAAAAUGACGAAGGAUUUGCGACUGCAAAAGAGUCCAAUAUUGGUAGAAUGAGUGUUGCCUCCAAUAUGACGGACAAUGAAAUGAUCGCUCAAGCUUUCGUUUUCUUCUUGGCUGGAUUUGACACUGUGUCAACUACACUGACUUUCCUGCUUUAUGAUCUGGUCAUGAACAAAGAAGUGCAACAGCGAUUAUAUGAAGAAAUUGUUGCCACACAAGAAUCCUUACAGGGUAAACCUUUGAAUUACGACAUCCUUCAGAAAAUGAAAUACCUUGACAUGGUUCUGACGGAAAGUAUGCGACUACGACCGGCAAUAGCCUUCCUAAAUCGGCUGUGCGUCCAGGAUUAUGAAUUGGAUGACGGACAGGGCUUAAAAUUUACCAUCGACAAAGGAACAACCGUGUGGAUCCCAACGCAAGGACUCCAAAUGGAUCCAAAGUAUUACCCGAACCCAAACAAAUUUGACCCGGAGCGGUUCAGUGACAAAAACAAGACAACCAUUGACCCAAUGACCUACUUGCCGUUUGGGGUUGGACCUAGGAACUGUAUUGGAUCUCGAUUUGCACUGAUGGAAAUUAAAGCAAUUGCGUACCAUUUGCUGCUGCAUUUCUCAUUCGAAUUAAAUAGCAAAACCCCAGUACCGCUUAAUUUGCGCAAAGGAUUCACUAUCAUCGCCGCUGAGGGUGAAGUUUGGAUUGGUUUGAAAGCUAGGUGAGAGUUGGGGAAAUUUUAAACCUUAUGUUAUAUUAAGAGUGCAUUGUGAAAUGUAUUAAUAAGUAAUUUUACCGUAAACGCGUAACGCGUAGACUAAAAAAUAUAUUAAAAAUAAGUUAUCCACUUUUCAAGGGUUACAGCCCAAAAGCGCAUGAAGGUAUUAGUUUAUUUUAUCCUGCAUUCGAUGUAUUCAUAUGUUAAGUUUGAAAUCAGAUUUUUUUUAUUUGUUGUAAAUUUGUUCACUGUCAUAAGACGAGUUUAGUACAAUUCCAUUUAAUUCCACCACCUCUUAUUACUUUUACAUAUACGU